AUGUGUGCUGUCUACCCUUGCUUAUCUCGGAUGGUGCAGAACUAUCUAUCUAUUCAUGCCACCUCUACCGAUGUUGACUGUGUCUUCAGCAAGGGCCGGCUUGUUCUAUCUCACAUCCGUAAUCGACUCAGCAUCGCAUCAACUCGUGCAUUGAUGUGUCUUGGGGCUUGGAGUAAGUUGGGCCUUGUCUGUGAUGCUGACAUUAAGGCUGCAGCCAGCCUUCCAGACGUUGUAGGAGAAGAAGACAAGUUGAGGUUUGGGUGGGAUUAUAUUUCAUAUGAUUAA